AGUCCAGACUUCGUCACUGCUUGAAGCACUUACAACCGCUUGACUUCGGUCGUCCAGUCUUUUACAACCAACUACCCACAUUCUUUACAACCCCGCCUCAACAACUACCUUGACGGUUCUUUCGUUGAACGACCCAAAUCAAUCACAAUGCGUUUCUCCGCUGCUGCUGUUGCUCUCUUCGCCGGUCUGACCGUUGCUCUCCCUGGUGGUGACAUCGAGACCAUCUACCAGACCGAGGAGGUUACCAUCACCUCCUGCGCUCCCACCGUCACCGACUGCCCUGGCAGUACCACCAGCACCCCCGCUGCGGUCGAGACCCCCGUUGUUGUUCCCACCGGCACUUCCCCCGUCGAGGUCUCCAGCUCCGUUGUUCCCCCCGCUGUCCCGACCUCCAGCGUCCCUCAGCCGCCCGCUCCCGUGCAGCCUUCCACCUCCGUCAUCGCUGUGACCACCUGCAUUCCCACCGUCACUUACUCGACCGUCACUAUCACCCCCACGGUUGCUCCCACCACCUCCAAGCCCGUCAUCCCCGGUGUCCCCACCAACGUCGCUCCCACUGACGUCCCCAGCGGCACUGCUACUCCUUCUCCUUCUCCCCCCAGCUUCACCGGUGCUGCUAGCGCUGUCACCAACUCUUUCGGCUUCGCUGGUGUUGCCGCCGUCGCUGCUUUCUUCUUGGCCUAGAUUUUUUCACUUCAUGUCAAUAGUCUAGCCCUGGGUGACUCGUGAGUCGGUCGGUCAUGGUUCUGCCGUGGUCGUGGAGAUGCACGGGGUGCAGAGUCCGGGGUGCCGUUCAAUUUUAGUUGUGGCUUGGGGAGAGUAAUCUGAUUCUUCAGUCUUAUAUUACUAUCUCUUGAUUUCUCUUGAAUUUCUCUUUGGCUUGCCGGAUUGCUUCGGAGUUCUGUGAAGCUCAGUCUUGGUGGCUGGAUACGAGUUAAUGUAAACCAUGAACGUCCUUCACAUCGGGUCAAUUUCUU